AUGCGUCUGUAUAUUGAUAGAGCUGGGACACAUACACAGACAGUCCUGCAUCUUGACAGAGUUGGGACACAUGUAGACAAAGACAGCACACCGCUCCUUCAUCUUGACAGAGUUGGGACACAUGUAGACAAAGACAGCACACCGCUCCUUCAUCUUGACAGAGUUGGGACACAUGUAGACAAAGACAGCACACCGCUCCUUCAUCUUGACAGAGUUGGGACACAUGUAGACAAAGACAGCACACCGCUCCUUCAUCUUGACAGAGUUGGGACACAUGUAGACAAAGACAGCACACCGCUCCUUCAUCUUGACAGAGUUGGGACACAUGUAGACAAAGACAGCACACCGCUCCUUCAUCUUGACAGAGUUGGGACACAUGUAGACAAAGACAGCACACCGCUCCUUCAUCUUGACAGAGUUGGGACACAUGUAGACAAAGACAGCACACCGCUCCUUCAUCUUGACAGAGUUGGGACACAUGUAGACAAAGACAGCACACCGCUCCUUCAUCUUGACAGAGUUGGGACACAUGUAGACAAAGACAGCACACCGCUCCUUCAUCUUGACAGAGUUGGGACACAUGUAGACAAAGACAGCACACCGCUCCUUCAUCUUGACAGAGUUGGGACACAUGUAGACAAAGACAGCACACCGCUCCUUCAUCUUGACAGAGUUGGGACACAUGUAGACAAAGACAGCACACCGCUCCUUCAUCUUGACAGAGUUGGGACACAUGUAGACAAAGACAGCACACCGCUCCUUCAUCUUGACAGAGUUGGGACACAUGUAGACAAAGACAGCACACCGCUUCUUGAUACUUGAGAGACUGUGUGGCAGCACCACAAUGAUGCGGUUACAGACGAUGUUUCAGCAGGACCGCGUGUGUGGCAUCCUUAGAAGACAUGGAAGGGAAGCAGAGGCAUCAGCUGAAGACGUCAUGCAUAAGAAAGAUCAAUUCGUUUGAAAAGGGUUAAAAUCCAAUUCAUUUGCUCAAAAUGUCGGGAUUAGAAAAUAAGAUUUGCAUGUGUUUAUUUUAAGCUAUGGUACAUUUCAAACUGCUGAACUACAUUAUCUCAUAACAGUUUGUGAAAGUCAAGAUGAUGACUGCAACCACUUUGAUUGACUAUUGUGGUGCAUGUGUCCGGUGAUCCGUGUGUCCGGUACUUGCAGUGUCCACAAUUCACAACAUUUCGGGUACAUGGCUAGAUCAUGUGUGGUUUGUAUUACACUAACGUGCUUAAAUGAUUACGUUGUAUAUGAGUUAGAUCAGGUAUUUUAACCAAAUUUCGUUCCAUUUGUCUAUUUUGAGUACACAACACUAACCUUUCUUACUAACCAUUCUGGAACAAAUGUAUCGACGGACCUACAGGAUGAAGCAUGGCAGGACAGAACAGAAGCUAACAGUUAAAGGUUCACUCGUAGAGAAGUCUCCCACGAUGCAAUCCAUGGCGGACGAUGCUUUGUUUACAGGCUACCGUCGCCUGGCUUGUGUACUGCUGUGCGGGACAUACAAUACAUACUUGCCUUUGUAUGCAAACUGUAUGAAUGGUGGGUGCUACCGGUAGGGCAGGACUUGCUUACUUUCGCAAACACCGGUUGUCAUCACUGAUUUUCAUCGGUCCAUUCAUAUAAUUUCCACAGGUAUUUUGCCCUUUACACCAAAGGGAAUCUGUUUCGGCGGAUAAUCUAAACUCAGUCUGUUUAUUCUCUUGCAUUGGCAAUUUAUAUUUAUUGACCUUUCGGAGCAGGAUGAGUGGAAACUGGAAGUUGGACGUUGAGACACAGUUACGCGUUGUGCUCCAGAUCUAGCCUCACGUACUGCCUUCUUCUACGACGGGUUUAUCCCUGCUCCCAUACCAUCUGUGAUAUCAUUGCUUUAUACCACUGCUAACAUCUCCCGUUUAACCAAUGUCACAUAUGUGAUAUGAAUGUGACCAAAGGCACACUAUCAUGUGAUAACACCGUUUUCAUUGAAUGGGAGAUUGGGAUAAAGACUAUAUGUAAUUAACUAUCAGUACAUGUAAUGAUAUACAUUGCAUGCAUAUUUUUUCAUGUCAAGGGUGAAUCUGGUUGUAUGAAAUGUUUUGUCAAUGAUUUUGUGCAUGUUCAUGUUUGUACAGCAUUUCAAAAAUACCUGGUGAAUAAAUAACACAUGUUGUAAAGUG